GCAUUUCUCUUCAUUGUGACUCAGCUACACACUUUUGAAAACUUUGAAAAGUAUAGUGUCCAAUUAAUUAUUAUAACUAUCCUGGUACCUCUUUGCAACGACUUCAAGGCAAUGGCACCACUGUACCGAAAAACGACGAUGUUGUACCUGUAUACUGCAUUGUUUGUGCCCGUAAUGACGUUUGAGUUCAAGAAUCUUGUUACGGUGAGCAUGAAGCCUUUGCACUGCAGUGAUGCUGCAACAAACUCAGCAACACUGAUGUGUAGUUUCAGCUAUUCUGAUUCAACGUACUACUUUUUCAGCCUCCAGUGGAGGCAAGAUGGCGUCCUAUUAGCAAACUUCUAUAAUCGUGCAGUAGAUCCAGAUUACGCAAACUACUGCCAAUCGUCGGGUAACUGUACUAUAACGAGAACCGACAGUGAGAGUUAUUUCACCAUUUCAACUGUGGGUAUGACUGAAAACAACGCAUCGUACAGCUGCCACGUGAGCUUUGCUAACGGUUAUACCAGGAAUGGUGCUAAAGCCACCACAACGUUGGUAGUCAAUGGUCCACCAGUGACGGUAAGCAUGGAGCCGUCGUAUCACGAUGAUCCUGUAAUACAUACAGCAACACUGAGGUGCAAUUUUUGUGUAAACGAUGCAACGUUCGACUUUUUUAACCUGGAGUGGAAAAAAGAUGGGGUCCUAGUAGCAGACUACUCUAAUGGUGCAGCAACUCCAGACUACGCAGACUUCUGUGCAUCGUCAGGUGACUGUACCAUAACGAGGACCUGCAGCGAGAGUUAUUUCACCAUUGCUUCUCUGGAUAGGUCUCAAAACAACGCAGUGUUCAGCUGCGAAGUGGUUUUUGAUAAAGGUGCCCAAAGGAAGAGUGGUGAUGACACUACUACCUUGAUAGUGACUGCCGACAGACACAAUUAACCGUCAACAUGCGAUGAAGAAGGCCUACACUUCAGCAAGUCCCAAAUUCCAGUGCAAGGUUGCAUGCAUCAAUUCAAGGCAACAUCCUACUGUGCUAUUGGUGGUGUGCAAUAAGCCAUGUUGAGGUAUGGCGGACGUGAUAUGAGUGAACUGUUUGGUUUGGGUGUAUAAACACACAAGUUUACCCAAACUUAUAGUGCUGUAUGUCCGCCAUGUUUCAAAAAGGCGUAUUGUCAUCAGGAAUAACAUUGCCUUGCUUGAAAACAAGUAGGCCGUCAAGUAAUGUUACAUUGAUUACAAACCGAAAACGACUACGAUUAACACUUUAUUUAACAAUUCAAUUAAAUUCACUUCGAAUUAUUCAUUUCAUCACACUUUACAAGUUCAGUUUUAAAUUGGUUUUCCUGUGUGUACUAAAAAACAUUCAAUAUGGCAAACUAGUGAGCCAUCAAAUUGUGGUUACACUUCGCUUUUUUUCUCACACUUAUAUCGGUUUUAUGGUAAGUAGACUAAGCUGCUAGAAACUGUACUGUUUUUUGUUUUGAGUCGGUAAGUUUGAAGUAGUGGUAUAUGUACAUCGUGCAUGUGUGUGGACAGAUUGAUGCUGUGAUUUAUUCAUAGAUUAUUAUUCGGACCUAAUUGAGGGGAACAAACUAAACAAUUUGUGUUGUUUUGCACCCUUAUUAUUAUCCAUAUUUUCUGGAAUUUUGUCUGCAUGCAUUUUAUGUUCGAUGUUUAUAUAUUUUUUUUUAUCUCAUAUUCCACUCUCAAAUUCUGCAACAAUUGUCUAAAACACUUUUUGUUGUUAAGCUAUCCAAUAAUUGGGUUGGCCUAAGAUUUAGAAAAUGGCCCAAUACGAACCUGGAUUAUUAGUGGAUAAUCUUGCUACGCUCAGUUGUAAAUCGUUUAAGCGCGCCCCUUAACGAUACACCCAACUUGACUGAUUUGCGAUAGACUGUCGCCGUGUCUUUAUCCGCAAGGUUACAGACAGAUAUAUGCUACUCAGAUCCAGUGAUUCCAUAUGAUACAAUGAUAUCACUGUAUACAUGCAGAGACUAAAGGCUACGUAGUUUGGUUUGUUUUGAUUGGUCUAAGUUCACCUCUGACGACGGUUCAAAACACAUACUUUUUUUGGAAAGCUGACAUGCUGUGUUCACGGUCGGACGUGUGUAUUCAAAUCGGAAUGAAAUUAAUAUAGGUCAUAUCGGAAGACAUACGCCGGCUUGAAGGCCUGUCUCUGGUGUGAUUCAUGAGCCUCAAAAUUGUGACGUCAGGCGUCAGGCUAGAUUCGCAAUAGUGCAAGCGAGCCCUUCAAGUUGGCUAAAUCGUACCGUAAGAGGGCGCGCUUUGGCGAUUUACAACUGAGCAUAUUCGACCAUAUUUGAGCAUAUUCCAAAGCCAACACUCCCACGGAAGAGAUAUGUACAUGGUUGCACCCGAAACUUCACUGUUUAUUGUUAGUUCCCCGUAACUCGAAUUCAAUUCCGAUGCAAUGCAACUUCAACAUAAAUUAGUAGUCAAUACAUUUAAUUGACUUGAAUUGUUGACAAUUGCUUCAAGAGGAAAACCUAUUUGACGAUAGGUUUCACUAUUGUUCAAAAUUAAAUGGUAUUACCUAGUGUUUUGGUAGUAAUCAGUAGUUGAUAUAUAUUUUGUUUUCUGUGUGGACCUUAUGUUAGAACAGAUGCUCGGAUGACUAUUAUCAUUAUUAAUUUUGGUUUUUACCAAUACACCGAUGUGUGUAAGCACUGUAAACUAUACUCCCUCGAGUCCUGUGAAUAAAAAAACAUAUAUAUCACAGGCAUAUUACUCGGGUGGGAUUCGAACGCACUACCCUUGCAAAUCUAGAGAAGUUUCUUACCAACUAGACCUAUCGUUGCGGUACCCGCUGUCAAAACAUUAUGAAUCGAACUGCCUCUAGAUACCG